UACAUGAGAGGCGUUAUUCAGGAACCAGUUUAUACUUAGGAGAGAAAAACAAAUGCAUACAGUACAUGUAGUGUUUUACCCCUGCACAUCCACCAUGUCUUUGUCAUGGUUAUUUGUCAGUAUCGUGGGUUUAUUUUGCCCUUGUUCGGGAGAGAAUGGUCUUCUGCAUGCAUACUCUUCUGGGGACAUCAUCAUUGGAGGACUUUUCCCUAUUCAUUCACGAACCAACAGGAGCACAAUGCCUGGAUCACUUGCCUGCCAUGACUAUGCUGUCCAAUCGUUCCUUCACAGUCAAGUGAUGAUAUACGCCAUAAGAGAAAUAAACGAGCGCACACCAAGGGUUCUACCCAACAUCACCAUAGGAUAUGACAUCUAUGACACCUGCGGAGAUGUCAGCUUUGCCAUCAUUGCAACACUCCAGUUGCUGAAGAACCAGUCAGACCCUCAGAGCUGUUUAGUACCUGCAAGCUCUCAAUCUGCUUUAACUGAACCCAAAACAAAGGCAGUGAUAGGCGAACACUCCUCUGAAGUAUCAAUAGCUGUUGCACGAGUUGUUGCUCUGUCAUCAGUUGCCCAGAUUAGCUAUGCUUCAACUAGCGAGAUUCUCAGCAGGAAGUUGAAGUUCCCCACUUUUUUGCGAACAAUACCUAGUGAUGAAUUUCAGACAAGGGGCAUUGCUGAAAUGGUGAGGAGGUAUAAUUGGAAAACAGUGGCCAUUGUAGGAAGUGAUGAUGAGUACGGGAGGUACGGCAGUGAUAACCUCGAGAACAUCUUUAGUGAAACAAAUGAUCCCUGCAUUGACUUCAUUAGCAUCCUGCCUGAUUACUUCUCCCAGAACGAUUUAAAAGCCCACAAGACACAGGCUGAGCUGAUAAGCAAUAUCAAUAAGUCCUCUGCCGAGGCCGUCAUCCUGUUCACCAAGGAAGUCAAUGUUGCUGUCAUCAUUGAAGCAGCUAUUAAAUACAACCUCAACAGAACUUGGAUUGCAAGUGAUACAUGGUCCACCUCUACAGAGAUCUCUGCACUGCCAGGCAUUAAGAUGGCUGGGGAGGUGUUCGGAUUCAUCUCAAAGAGGAACGAGCUGUCUGGUUUUAAAGACUAUGUCAUCUCCAUGUUCAACGGGUUCAACGGGACCAUGAACGGCAUUCUUGAAGAUUACCUGACUCGCUAUCCACUUUGUUCUUACCAGUCUGAGGAGAACAGAGAAAGUAACUGCUCGCUAACAAACAGCCAACAGGGAUCCAAGCAAUGUCUGGACCCAAGCUGCUUAGCCACUUAUAUUGACCAGGAUUUAGUAUACAAUGUCUACCUGGCUGUUCAAGUCAUUGCUGAGGGUCUCAGGCGCUUGCUUAAGUGUGACAACCACAAGUGUGAACGUAAUACCAAAUUUACAGCCUUGGAGCUUCUUAUGGAAAUCAAGAGAGUCAACUUCACUGUACACAACUCACAUAUAGUCUUUGACCACAAUGGAGACCCCACAAGUUUAGGAUAUGAUAUUAUAUAUUGGAACAUGACUACAGAGCUCACACGCAUAACAACCAUUGGAGAAUACUGGCCCAGUGGAGAAAUCAAAGUCCCAAAUGAUCUUGUUCAAAAUAUGACGGUCACAGUGUACAACUGCUCUAAAACAUGCCAACCAGGACAACAGUUGAAGAAGCAUGGCAAAAAGUGCUGCUAUGAUUGUGUUCCUUGUGCAGAUGGAGAGUUUUCUGUCGGAAAUGGUGCGGAGUGUAAACCCUGCGGUUUAAAGGAGUAUUCGUCUCCACAGAGGGAUAGGUGUUUGAAUAAAACUGUUGAAUUCCUAGAGCGGUCAGAUCCCUUCGUUAUCUUUUUAAGCUGCUUGGAAGUCUUUGGUAUAAUUGUUACCAUUGUGUUUGCUAUUUUGUUCAUAAUCAAUCGAAGCACUCCCAUUGUGAAGGCUGUUGGAGGUUACUUGUGUUUCUUGGAGCUUUUUUCCUUGCUGGCCUGCUUCUGCCUCACAUUCAGCUUCGCAGGAAAACCCACUGUAGCUUCCUGCAUGGCAGGCCUGCCUCUCUUUGGCAUAGUCUUCUCCCUCUGCAUCUCCUGCAUCCUGGCCAACCUUCUCCAAAUCUUAGUGGGCUUCAACUUUAACCUGAAGAUAGGAUCCUGGAUUGAGAAGUUCAAUCAGCCGGUGCUUGUGGUGACCGUCGUCUCUGGGAUCCAGGUGGCCUUGUGUGUGUCAUGGCUUUGUUUUCAUCCCCCACUCCCUGACCCAAGGGAUUCAAACCAGACCAUCCUGCAUCAGUGUCACAAAGGCUCCAGUUACUUCUUUAUUGCAAUGUUAGGCUACAACGCUCUCUUGGCCCUGAUCUGUUUCCUGAUUGCAUUCAAAGGCAAACAGUUGCCAGAUCUUUAUAAAAAUGCAAGUUUAAUCACCGUCAGCAUGCUGCUGUUUUUAAUAGUCUGGAUUUUCUUCAUCCCGAUAUAUAUCACAAUGAUUGGGGAGUACAAACGAGCUAUUGAAAGCGCAGCCAUUCUCAUUUCUAGCUACAGCAUCCUGGGCUGUCACUUGGCCCCAAAGUGUUACAUUAUGGUCUUCAGGAAAGAGAUUAAUAACAAGAGUGCCAUUACCGCGUACAUCAGGAAGCAUUAUGAGCAAACAGGUGAGGCUGUGGUGAAGUGAUAAUUUCACAUGCACAUCUACAUCAAUUCCCGCACAGAAAUACGUCUUCUUGUGGUGAAACUACACAUCGUUUUUACACUUACUUACACAAAUUAAAUACGGCGUGUAACGAGCUUUAGUUAGGGUGGUAGGCAGAUUUUAUUUUGUUGACUAGCUGUUUUCCUUUUUCCAGUCUAUGUAGCCUUUGUGUUUAACAAACACGAGAGUGCUAUCCACCUACUCAUCCAACUAUCUGUCAGAAGCUGAAUAAAUGUAUUUCCCACAUAGACAACCUGCUCCUAUAACAAUUAGAGAGCCAUCAGUCACACGCUGCAUGUACACUAUACUACUUGUGUCUGUAUAGUAUUUGCCACUUGUAUGCAUUUAUCAGAAGUUCUCAAGGUUGUGUCAAUGAUACAUCUGUAACCAGAACUCCUACUUUAUUGCUGUUACCACCACUGCUGCUUUAACAUGGCAUAUUUUAAAAAGAAAUCAAGUUUAUCAUCCCUACUCUCUUGAGCUGUCAUGUUUAAAGACAUUUGAUUCUGUGUGCUUUUGAUUUAGUUUUAUAUUAUAAUGUAAAGCUUUUAAAAGGUUUACAUGCUUAACAGUUAUGCAGGAGUGGUAUACCAAAUAUGAUGUUCAGGCUGAAUUCUGUUUGUUUCCUAUGUAUAUAUUGUGUAACUUGACUAUCACACUGCUACACUGUAUACUGUAAUGGUGACUAGAUAAUUGGUUUGUGUUUCCUCAUGUAUGUAAAUGAAAAUAUUCUGUAUUUUAAGUCACACAAAUUCCUUUUUAAACUACUCCUUAAACAAUCAGACAGUCAUCAGUCACACACUGCGUGCACACUGUCCUACUUGGGUCUGUCAUAUGCAAAACAUUUGCAGUGGUAUUUGCUACUUGUAUGCAUUUAUUAGAAGCUCUAACAGUUGCGUCAGUGAUGCAUUUGUAACCGGAACACUUACUUUACUGCUGUAUUACCUCUGCUGCUAAAUCAUAACAUGUUCUGUAAAGAAAUUAAGAUAUUCUAUCGUCCUGACUCCUUUGAAUUGUCAGUUUUAAAAAACCAUUGUAGUGUGUAUGCAAGGUCAGCACAAGUGUCUGUUUUUGUAAUGUGGUUACUUUUUACUUUUCAUCUACAAUCUUACUAUAUAAUGAUGAAAACUCUGUCUGUGUGUCUGUUCCACGUUUUUCUCCUCACUGACUUGGUCAAUCCAUGUGAAAUGUGGCAUACUGGUAGAGGGUCAUGGGAGGAUGCGAAUGAAGCAAUAUUACAUCAAUUGGCCAAAGGGGGGCGCUAUAGCAACCGAUUUAAAUUGCAAACAUUGAAUGGGCAUAUCUCAUGCGCUGUAUGUCGUAGAGACAUGAAACUUUGCACAGAGAUGCCUCUCCUCAUGAGGAACAAAUUUGCCUCAAGAACCCAUAACUUCUGGUUAUAUAGAUUUUCCGCCAUUUUGAAUUUUUUGAAAAACACUUCAAAUCCAUCUCUUCCUAGGAAGUUUGACCAAUCUGCAUGAAACUCAUAAUCUUGGGACCAAUAUCUAAAGUUACCUCUUGGCAAAAGUUGGAAAACUUUCUAAAACUGAGCUUCUAUAAGGCAAUGAAUAUUGCGGAGGGCGUGGCUCAUCACAUAAAGGUGUAUAACAUCUCAAGGGUUUCACCGAUCACCACGCAACUUUGUAGGCAUAUGACCACACAUAAUCUGAGGGGACCCCUCCAUUAUUGACCCCAUCAAACAAAAUGGGGGCACUAGAGAGCUAAUUUCUUAUCUAGGCCUAACCACCAUAUGGGUUUUUACUAAACUUGGUAGAUAUGUAGAACAGGACGCCUCAAGGUGACUGGAGAAAUUUAACUCUAAUUGGCAACUGGGUGGCGCUAUAACAACAGAAAAAUGCUUAAAAAUGGCUAAAAUGUGACUGAUCGCUGUGGCUCCCCCUGUGGCCAAAUGUUGGGUUUUUUUCUAAUUUUUGGUAUGACUAAGUCAUGGUAUGGUAUGCUGCUGCAACAAGGGCUAGCUGCAUCUUUCCCAUGCGAACUACCAGUGCGUCCCACUUUUAAGUCAAUACCACAUAUAAACACUUUAACUAUGUGCCUUUCAACGUGCUAUCUCAGCUACUAAUGUAGAGUUUUAGCCCACUAACUA